AUGUCUGAUUACCAGUCACUCUCAAGUUCACAAGAUGCUGAUGAGCUUUCAUCAAGACUCACCGUCCCCAUGUUGAACACGGUAUAUGAAUUCGACGCACCAAAAGAGGCUCACGCAGAUUCCAUCUUCCACUACAUGACCAGUACAGGGAGGGGUCCUACCUCCAUCUGCUUAGAAGUCUUAUCAUACAUAACUCCUGUCGGACCGGAAGGGGAGAUUGAUGUGGGCAAACAGUUAAGUCACAAAUUGGUGAUUCAGGCCAGAGUGUACCUUAAGCAUCAUGGUGAAGCUACGUCCGAGUGGCAGUCUGUUCGAGAGGUGACUGACAAAGACUAUGUCCAGGGGGUAGUGCAAUCUAGGGAGAGGAUUUUCAAGCAUUUGCACAGGAUGGAGGGAACCCAGGUACCAAAAGAUUUUGGUCGAUUGAGCCAGUUCAGAGGGGAAAAAGACCUACCCGCGGGCUUCUUACUGGAUGCGCACGGUCCAUCUAUAACAUCCAGAUAUGGUCUUCACUAUGGAGGCAUGGUUACGGCUGGUUUAGCUCAUGCCCUGAGAGACGAGAGUAAGGGUGACAAAGACGCAUAG